GCGGGGGGUGGGAGGGAGGUUGGAGCGGAAGGUAGUCACGGAGGGGUGACAGCUACAGGAGGUGGAGGAUCCUGGAGGUAACAGCAAGAAGAGUACGCAACGGCGAGGGGCGGCUUCUGCGCGGACGCCGGGCGGUCGAGCCAGAGGAAAGCAGGGGAACGCGGCGGCGUUGCGGGCUUGCCCCGCCCGGGCGGGGGGUGCCAUGUCUCGAGAGCGUCCCCCCCGCACCGACAUCCCCCGCAACCUGAGCUUCAUAGCCGCAUUAACAGAGCGUGCCUACUACCGCAGCCAGCGGCCCAGCCUCGAGGAGGAGCCGGAGGUGGAGCCAGGCGAGGGCGGGACGCGCCUUGGGGCCCGAUCUCGCGCUCCCGCUCCGAGUCGGGGUCGCCGGGCCCUUUCUGCACCUGCCGGAGGCGGCGGGGUCCGGGCGCCCCGCAGCCGCAGCCCGGACACCCGUAAGAGAGUGCGUUUCGCCGACGCGCUUGGGCUGGAGCUGGCCGCGGUGCGCCGCUUCCGCCCCGGAGAGCUGCCCCGGGUGCCCCGCCACGUGCAAAUCCAGCUGCAGAGGGACGCCCUCCGCCACUUCGGGCCGUGCCAGCCUCGCGCCCGCGGCCUCCAGGAGGCGCGCGCCGCCCUGGAGCCGGCCAGCGAGCCCGGCUUUGCGGCCCGCUUGCAGGCGCAGCGCAUCUGCCUGGAACGCGCCGAGGCGGGCCCGCUGGGCGUGGCCGGGAGCGCGCGCGUGCUGGACCUGGCGUACGAGAAGCGCGUGAGCGUGCGCUGGAGCGCCGACGGCUGGCGGAGUCAACGCGAGGCACCCGCCUCCUACGCCGGCCCGGCACCGCCCCCGCCGCGUGCAGACCGCUUUGCAUUUCGCCUUCCCGCACCACCCAUUGGGGGCGCCCUGCUUUUCGCCCUUCGCUACCGCGUGACCGGCCGCGAGUUCUGGGACAACAACGGCGGCCGCGACUAUGCUCUACGAGGGCCCGAGCACCCCGGGAGUGGCGGAAACCCGGAGCCCCAGGGGUGGAUCCACUUUAUCUGAGACGCCUGGGCCGACGGCGGGAAAACCAAAGGCACCCAGGGGCUGGGGGAGCCCGAAGAUUUGGCGGGGAGCUGUCCAAGAGAGUCGAGUCGGGGAGGGAGAGAAGGAUGGGAAAAAUCAAAAGGGUGUGGGGAGUGGGCGGAAUCAACGAAAGUCGGGGAGGUCGGGGUGGAAAAACAGAGUUGGAUGUGAGUGAUAGGAACCUAAGGCAUAGAAGAAAGGAAACCAGAAAGGGCGCUGGAAGGAUUAGGAAAAAAGCAAAAGACUGGGGUUUGAUGAUGAUACCGUGAACUAGUCCUGGGAGAAAGUAAGUGGGUUUGUCAGACUUAAGCAGAUGGUUAGGGUACCUCUUUGAGACUGAGGAGGUACUUUGAAGUAGGAGUCCACCCUGCUUAAGUCAUUUGGAUUGCGAGCUCAUUCCCUCUUCUUAACCGCCGUUGCCACCUCAGGUCCCUCAGUCCUGCCCAUCCUAGCUUUAUACUCAGCCAUAAUUGCCUUGCUUAAGUCCCAGGAACUUGGCCAUUGCUUCCCAGCCCCUGGUAUUAUGACAGGAUUCCCUUGUCAUUUCCGACGAUCCCGGGCUUCAUUUCCCCCUGACUGGCUGGGGAGUAAUGGCAGGCUGCAAUCAGAGCUCCUACCUCCUCCUCCAGGCAGCCCUGAGGAUUAAAAUGAAGGCUAAACCAACUCCAGGCCUGUCCUUGUAGCCAAAUAAUGACGGGCCUGAGGAGCUGGUACACUCAGGGGCUUCCAGGAAAAUGCCAGCCUUACCUUUCUGGAGUGCCUUUUAAUAACCUUUAAGCACUUUAGGCACUGAAUUUGUCAAGAAACAGUGAAUCAAAAGAAUCACUAUCAUGAUUCUGCUUUGGGAGGAAAGAGUCACUGACUAGCUGUAUUACUUUGGGAAAAGUUGUUUCACAUCUCUGGGCCCCAGUCUUCUCCUUGGGAAAUUAGAUUUUAACUAGGUGAUCUCUCACAGUCUCUUCUUGCUUUGACAUUUUAUGCUCCAUGAGUGUAGAAAAGAAGCCACACUCUUCAACCUACAUUUGGAGUGCUACAGUUCAGAACACACAGUACUCCCAACAUUUGGUUGGGGCUGAGGAUGGGUCUUCCAGUUUUUGACACAGAUGUUCCAGAGCUCAGGAAGCAUCCCACAACCAGCUGCAGCCUGAUGGUAUUCCAAACCCUUUUUCAAACUGCAGUUCAUCCUCUGCCCCAUACUUUUUGCUCUUGCCCCCACAGACUUCCAGUCUAGGUACUUUGAGACAGUUUUGGGCAGGUGCAUAUCUGUUGGGGAAAAUGAUUUUGGGAGCUCCAGAGAUGAAACAAUGCUGAGGAUCUCUUGAGGAUAAAGUUUUAUGAAUAUAAGGAAUGGAAAACAUUUCAAAUCAAGAAUCAAAGCCACUUGGUAAUUAAAUGGCACCAGAAGAUGGCAGUCUUCAUACCCUGAGCAAGUGAAAUGGGGAAGCUGGACUCUUCUAUCCAUUCACCAUCAUGCCUUAGGUCUCCCUUCCUGGUUAACCUCUGUUGGUAGUUUUUCCUUUCCUCUUACCCUAUUCCUAAGCUCUUUGCUUUUUUCUUUCGUUGUCCCUCUCUCAUCACUUUCGUUUUUCUUUUAAUAUAUAGGGUAUUUACCUUCGUUUUCUCUUUUCCAUUUGCCUCCAUCUUCAUCCUUGUUGAUCUCUGCUAUUCCUUCUCCCUCCAGAAGGGGUGGAGAACCUACUUCCUUUUCUCCAAGACUAUGGUUGAUCCACAUUCCUCCCUCAGGCUCCUUCUUGACAGUCUUCUAGAAGGGAAAAGAAGCAGUUCCUGAUGCAGAUGAACAGCUGCUCCCAGGUAAAACAGCUCCCCACACCCUUUUCUAUCUAUUACUAGUUUCUCAAAAAUGUCUGAAUCCCCCUCUUAUUACUGAGUCAGAGAGUGCAUGCAUACAUGCCCAUACAUGCAUUCAGAACAGAGUGUGGGGCAUGUUACCAGGCCCCUCCUUUCCAGAGAUCUUAGUCCUUUGAAGGAAGAUGGCCAAAAGGGAGGAACCCCUAGUCACUCCUCAAAGAAGUGCCGGUUUAAACAGCAUCCUUACGUGAAGAAGAAAACAAAGAAUUUCAUGCAACUUGUCGAUCACCUUCAGGUCAAAGUUCCAGCAAAGUGAAGAAAGAACCUCCUGGAAGCCACCAAGCAAUGCACUUUUUAGUCAUCAAUGGAGAGCCCAAGGAAGGAUGAUGGAGAGGGAGCCUAGGAAAAGACCACAGUUUCUAACUCCUCUGCCUUCCCAUCCUCCCAGUUUACCGAAGAGAGAAGGCAAAGUAGAGGGUCCCAAGCUCCCAUGCAGGAGCUUGCUGCUCUGUCCUGUACCAGUGUCCCAGCUCUGCAGAAUCAGCAAGGGGACCACACUGCCUGCCUGCUAGAGAACUCGGGAACCCAUGUGAACUUCAGCUUUUCCUUACAUUGGGAUUCUCUCCUGCCCCUAACCAACAUUCUGCAUCUGUUGGUAUGACACCCUUUCCAUUCCCCUGACUGGUCUUGAAAUGACCAAUCCCUAAAGUUUCCAUUAAAGGGUAUCCCUGAGUAGGACAACUGCUGAAUGGUCUGUGCUUGGGCUCUCUCUGCGAGCCCGGAUAUUGCUGAGUGGUUAAAUGUAAACUGGUUGGAGACAGGGAACCCCCUGAGUUUUUUCUUUAAGAAGAGCUAUGACUUCCAACCCCCUACCUGCCCUGUCAUUCUCAGCUUUAUAGAACCCACACCUAAAUCUUCUAGUUCUUUCCAUGUAGAGCUGCCCCAGGGCUUGGGGUAAGCUGAUAGUCUAAUCUGAUAUGGGAAGCACUAGGAGUUUGGUGGAAUCUUUAGAGAUGUAUUAGAUGUUACGGGGAUGGGUCCUUUCCCCUGAAGGCUGACUAUAUGCGCAGGAGCAGUUUGGUGUAUACAGGUCAGCUGUGGACCAGGCAGUGUUAGAAGAGAAAACACUACCCUGGUCAGGGGCUUGGGUCCUUGAAGCAACACAGCCAGAACACUUUUGCCUAUUUCAUCCAGACCUCAGAUGUCUUCCUAUACUUGCUUAUCUAACAACCUUCCUCUCGUACCUUUGUUUCUCUUCAUGACUGUAGUUCAUUUCUCUUCACAAUAAGCCCUGGCUUUCCAAUCGAACUUUCCAAUCGAACUCCCACAUUCCCUUGCUUCUAACACCUGCGUUUCUCUGGAGUUCCUCCAGAUCUCUGGGCCCUUGCAAUCAGCAAGAUCAUACAAUCAGAGACCUGGAAAAACUUGUCUUUAGAGAUCACUGAGUCCAUGCUCCAGUACAAAUGAGGACACAGGUCCAGAGAUGAGAAGAUUUCAGCAGGGUCAGAGAAUUUGUUAGUUAGUGCGGCUCAAGAUGGGGCUUAACCCCUGCCCUCCUGACCAUAUCCCACUCCCAGGCUACAAAGCGGCCUCUAUAGUCAAACCCAUAAUUUUUCAUGGCAAGGGAUAAUGUUACAAAUGUUUCGUUUUCUGCUGCUAGUUUCCAUUCCCUUUCCUAUCCAGGCAUAAAAAGAAACAAAAGGCACUUGUAGUUUUCUCUGUUUUCCCAGCUUGGGCACUUCUUGGGGUGAUAUUGCUAAGGAACAGUGAAGUUGCUAAAAAGACUGAAUAAUCCACCCAUUGACUAGCUAACCUGGAGAGGAAUUGAAAGUUUGCUUUGUGGAUCUCCCCAAACCACUGUUCUCAUCAGGCCCUCCCUGAGUGUCCUCACCCUCUUCACAGUGCAGCCCUGUUCACUGGGCCCCAAAUCCAUGAGUAUUGUGCCUCACUUCAGCUUCCUCAUGCAACUGCCCUCCCUUCUGGAUAAAAGACCUUAUACUUGAAAUAAAUUCGAAACAUGAAAGUA